AUGAUCCAGGGAUGCAUAAACAACGAGGAAGGGGAGAUGGCUUUGCAGCUGUUUCGACGUAUGAGCUCCUGCGAAGAUGGUGUUCUACCCGAUGGUUCCACCUACGUGGCGGUGUUAACGGCUUGCGCUGGCCUGGCUGCGAGAGAAGUGCUCUGUGGAAGUAUGGCGGAUGCUCGGGCAAUCUUCAACAGGCUUCCUCGUUAUGAUGCGGUGUGCUGGACGGCACUGAUACUCGGCUACGCGGAGAGCGACGAGGCCGAGCUAGCUUUGGAGCUCUUCUGGUGCAUGCAACGAGAAGUAGGCUGUCUUCCGCGCUCUCGGACGAUUGUCACAGCACUGGUAGCUUGCAUGGGACUGGCAGCGAAGGAACAAGGUCAGCAGAUUGAUGGAAAGCACGUGAAAGUUUCGUGUUUGGACAAAGGCAUGGGUAUCCACUGUGAAGCUGCGAAGUUCGUUUUCGUAGCCAGCAGUCUCGUCGACUUUUAUGGGAAGUGUGGAAGCGUGCUGGAUGCGCGGCUUACCUUUGACAGAAUGCCGCGGCAUGACACGGUGGUGUGGACAGCGAUGAUCCAGGCCUGUGGAGAGAAUGGAGAGGAUGAAGCGGCAGUGGAGUUAUUCCAUUGCAUGGAGACUCGGGGGCUGCUGCCAAACGCUUGGACCACUGUCGCUGCGCUGAGUUCCAUUGCUACUUUGGCUGCUGCAAGGGAAGAAGAGGACUGCGUGGGGACGGACUACUUGGAGAGCGUGACGAGCAUCUCUCGCUGCCGCGACGUCCACUUUUAUCAUGGAGAACACGCUGAUUGA